AUGACGAUCACCGAGCGACUGCUAGAGCUAGCCUACGUUGUGAUCAAUGACGGCACAAUAUCGAUACAACAAAGCACAGAAGACGUGCGCGUCCGUGAUUUGUCUAGAGCAAUCCAGAAAUAUGUCGACGACAAGAAGCCUCUCAGGCUCUUUAUCGCGCGCAAAUCGGACAGAUCAUGGCAGACUCUAACCAUGCGUGAUGCGCAACGUUUGAGAAGGAAGGAGCCUGUGCCAUUUGUGAAGGAACUUCUGGUAGAUGAGAAUGAGAUGGACCCACGCUGCCAACUAAUCGAUUUUCAGUUCCCAACCCGCGACUCAAUCAACCGCAGCGACGUGCACAUUUUAGUGCUGAAGCCCGAAUACGUUUCCGUUGCCCCGGAGUGGAAGCCUGAGACCACGUGGGAGUUUUCACUUUUUAACACUGGCACAUUACCUUUUGUGGGACGCGGUCGUGCUGUUAAGAAGCUACAGAGUGUUCACUAUUCUAACUACACCGGGGCUCGCGACAGAUCGGGAAGAAUUACGUGGCAAAUUCCACUGGUAGACAGCGUGUAUGAUACCGGUAAAACGGAACUGGGAAGGAAGUACAUCGACCAAUGCAGGCAAGCACUUAAUAACGAGGAGCCGAAAGAUCCUGAAAACCAGCAGCAGUUCACCAGCCGGGAGCCAACGCAGCACCAUCGCCCCAGUCAGCGUGAGCUUCUAAAGCAACUGUGUUCGUGUCGAACGGUUCUUGUUCGAGGGACGCCGCAGCAGUUUGUAGUGCCACUCGAUUUACUGGAGGCUACGAUGAAUGAAGCUCUGGCUACGGCAAUUAGUGAGCUACUCCAACCAGGGACGAUGCCUGCUACGAACGCGAACGAUACGGCGUACGAUUUUGCGACAAAGUUGGUACGUGUUUUGGGGCCUUUGUUUGUUGUGCUGGAUGACGUCGGUGAGGCAUUCGAAGACCCAUGUGGAGAUGUGGUAUCACGAGAGCGUUUCAUGGACGCUUGCAAGUAUGUGCUGGCGCCGUGGACGCAGGUCCCUCAGCUGCAUCUUCUGGUGCUCGGUUAUGCAGAUUUUCUCCAUGACGUUGUUCCCGAUGCCAGUUUGAACUCCUUCAUGAUCGUGCGAUUGCCGAUGCAGUGGAUGACUGUGAAUGCAAUCAAAGAAAUCUUGUGCAAGACACGAGUUUCAAGUGCCGAUACCCGAACACUCAGUGCUCGCUGGAAACUAUCGACUGAUGAAGAUUUGGAGGACGCAGCCACGCGCUUGUUUGCAGCCUCAUCAGGUCAUCUUCAAAAGAUUAUCAAAUUUAUCUCGGGCUACCCAACGUUUGCCUCUUUUUGCAAUUUCGUGGAUAGUGGAGGCGACUUUAACACGAAGGCAAUCGACUUUGACCACCUGCACGAACGUGUGCUCUGGUGGCAAUCGACACUGAAGAAAUGGUUUGGAUGGAACUCGUCUAAGAAAUCGCGCAUCAAUCUUACUCACUCUGUCACGGACCCCAACGGAGAUCAAGUGUCUGCGAGAACUGUUGUGUUUGAGUGUCAUCUAUUAUGGGAGGGAACAGUAGAGGACGCGCAUAUUAGCGCACACCGUGUGGUUAUGAAUAUUGUGGUAGGUGUGCUUCGUCCACUACGCGAAUAUCUCAUAGGACUUGAUACUGUGCGGGUGUUUGUGACUUCUCGUCCGGAAGUGGUCCAGUGGAUGUGUCUUAAGAGAUUGAGCCAGUUAUUUACCAAAGAAACCACCCCAAGACAGGAAUUAUCGCAGUUUUUCGGAGAGGCUACGGUUUUUGACGAGUUUGUGGGAGUACAAGUUUCGUCACAAGUGAAGAUGCUGCCUAAUCCCUGGCUUAGCUGCUACUAUGUGAGCCGAGAGGAACCAUUUUAUUUGGAAUCAUUUCAGCCAAUGAACUGGCCACUUUUGGAAAAGUAUUUGCGAUGCAGACUUGACAACGCUGACGACCAAUUCUGGUCCUGGUUCCGAUCCCCGGAUCUUGCAAUUGUUCCUGAUGUGAUAAUGAUGGCGCGCACGAGUCAUUUUGAGCAGAUAUUAUCUCCGAAAUUCCGGAUGUUGAGACUUGGUCUGGCUGUUGCAACUAGCGUAGGCUACUCAAGCGUUACUGAAGAAUGCCAAAAGUUCGACAAUCUUUUGGCGAAAUUUGACGAAAUGAAGAGUUUAGAGGGUUCGGUAACGAGCGUGCUCAUACUAUGUGCAAUUUCGUUCAGCGAUGAAAUGUGCGAGAACGGAAGAACCCCGGGAGUGUUUGUCCCUGUUGAGAACAAUUUCGUCCAUAUAAACCACGUGCUGCUUCUCGACUUGACUACGCCUGCGAUGAGAGCAACAUUCUUCGGCUUCAAUAAGGACCCGGCGCUAGCAAAAGUAGUCGAGGUGGUCGUUGAAAGAUCGAGCUCUCUCCUCUGA